CCAAAGAAAGAGGGGAAGAAGAGGAAUGCCCAAGAAGCCUGUCCACCGGGUGCUGGGGGCACAGGGCGGUGUCCCCCACUCUCUCCAGGCCCUUCCUGGCGGGGCCGCACUGCAGUCCCGCACUCGUUUAAUCGUGGGUUUCCUGUAGGGCUAGGGCUCGCCCUGCGCCCAGGUCAUUCUUGAGGUCAUCUGAACCUUCUGACUGAGAAAACAUGGUCAACGUCUUGAAAGGAGUGCUUAUAGAAUGUGAUCCUGCCAUGAAGCAGUUUCUGCUGUACUUGGAUGAGUCCAAUGCCCUGGGGAAGAAGUUCAUCAUUCAAGACAUUGAUGACACUCACGUCUUUGUAAUAGCAGAAUUGGUUAAUGUCCUCCAGGAGCGAGUGGGUGAAUUAAUGGACCAAAAUGCUUUUUCCCUUACCCAGAAAUGAAAAUACUCAAUAUGGACCAUUUAGGAAUUAUAAGCAGCAAAUGUGAAAGACUUGCCACUUGAUAGGUGACUGAUUAGACAUAGAGGGUUGUUGUAGGAGCAUGCCACGGGAAAGACCAAGGGAUCAUGAUUAUUUGUUCAGAAAAAAAAAGCCCCUGAACUGAUUUUGUUAUACCAUAGAAUUAAAAAAAAAAAAAAAAGGCUUUAACAGUUGGCUGUAAUUUGUCUUUUAUUAUCCUUUAUUAAAAUACAAAUGUCAA